AUGUUGAAUUUACUUUCAUCACUAAAAAUAACGUUGUUCCAAAACUCAUGUGGUUUAUUUAAAUGCUCUUUAGCGAACUUUAAACGUUUAAUUUUAUUAGUUAUUGUAACCGAUCAACGUUUACGAAUUGAUACUCGUCGAUAUCUAAUAGAAAUUUUAUCGCGGCGAUUAGCUGGUGAAUUUUAAAUAAAAAAAAAAAAAACAAUUUUUUUUUUUAUAAAAUUUUUAUUAAAUAAGCAAAAAUUUUGUUCUAAUUAAGAUUUUUAUAUACGUAAUCAAAUAUAUUUUUGUGAAAGAUUAUAAAUUUAAAAAUUAAAAAACAAAAAGAAAAAUUUUUUUAUAUAUUUAAAAUCUGUGAUUUUUUCACAUUUUUUUCGUGUUUUUAUUAUUUUUGCGUGAAAAAAUUUUGCGAUUUAACUUUUUGUAUUUUGUAUAAAUCAAAGUAAUAAAAUUGUGUGUAUAUAUUUUUUUUCUAUAAAAUUGUUAAAAUUAAAUAAAAAAAAUAUCUUUUAUAUAUUUUUAUAAAAAAAAAAAAAGCACAAGAUUGUGUUAUAAGGAAUCAAAAAAAGAAAAAAAAAAAAAAAUAAAUAAUAAAAAGGUGAUAAAUAAUAGUUCAUUUGUAAAGUGGAAAAAUUCCAGAAUUAGCACAAAAAUAAAAAUAAAUUUUCUUAAUUUUAAGUGAAUUGUGAUGAAGAGAUAAGAAAAGUAUAAGUUUUUGUUUUGGUUUAAAAUAUUUAUUAAAAUUUAUUUUGCACACAAUAUUAAUUUUUUGAUUUUAAUUUUAUGUUAUUUUCAAAAAUUAAAUUAUAAAUUAAAACAGGGGGGUAAAAGUAUACCAUAAAUGGAGUGAAAAUUAUUUAUUAAAGACAUUUUGAGUUGGUUAGACCUGUUCCCACAUCUAUGGACUUUCAUCUAGACAGUGCAGAAUACUGUCAGGCUCAGCACAAAUAAAAAGGGAAAAAAAAGGAAGAAAGGAGAAUAUUUUUAGUAGUGAUAAAAAAAAUAUUUAAUAUUAAAAAUUUUUUUUUUUUUUAUUGUAUGUAUAUUGUAUUUGUGAUAAUUAUAAGUAAAAAAAUUACAAUAUUAUAUUAUAAAAUAUUUAAAUAUUAAAAAAAAAAAAAUAAUAAUAAUAAUUACAAUAAAAUUAUAAUAAUAAUAAUUAAAGAGGAGAAAAAUAAGUCUUUCAUAAAAAAUUGUUUUCUGUUUUUAAAAUAAAUUAAAAAAAAAAUUAAACAUAUUUAAAUUAAUUUUUAAUAAAUUAGUUACAAAAAAAAAUUUUUUUAAAGAAAACCAAACAAAUAAAAUUUUAUGGUAAAAAAAAUAUUAGGAAAAAACAAAAUAUAAAAUUUUACUAAGGUGGAAAUACACACAUACAAAGAAUUAGCAAGAAAAAUUCACCAAAAAAAAGAAGUACUUAAAAUUGCUUAAUAUUUUUUUUUAAAUUUCUCAUCUUUUUAAAUUUUUUUUUAUAAUAAUUAUUGUUUUUAUUAUUUUUAAUAAAAAUAAUAUAUCUAUAUAAAUAAGUAUUAAACUAUAUAUAUCUCUACAUAUAUAUAUAUAUAUAUACAUUCAUGUUAUUUUGAGAGAUAUAUAAAAACAAAGCAAAAAUUUAUUGUAAUUAAAUUAAAAAAUAAAAUUAUUUUUUUAUAAUUAAAUAAAAGAGAGGAAAAUUAGAAAAAAAAAAAAAUAUUAAAAUAUUUAAUAAAAUUAUAUUACAAAGGCAACUAUUAAAAAUUUAAAAAUACAAAAAAAAAAUUUAAUUAAUAAUUAAUAAUUUCAUUAAAAAAUUAAAUUAGAAGCAAAAAAAAAAUAUAAUUAAUAUUUUUACCAAGAAACAAGAACUUCUACCAAAGGCCUUUUACUAUACAAAAAAAAAAAAAUUAAAAUAAAAUAAAAUAUAUAUAAAAAUAAUGAAAUAAAACACAAUAUAUAAAGAAAAUUAAUUAAAAACUAUAAAAUUUAAAAAAAAAAAAUUUUUGAUUAAAAUCGAAAAAACAAAACUGCUAUAAAAAAAAAUUUUCUUUAAAAAUAAAACACAAAGAAAGAAAAACUCCUAAAAUACACACAAAAUAUUAAAAAAAUAUUAAGAAAAAAAUAAAAAAUAUAUUUUUCCUCAAUUUACAAAUUUAAUAAAUUCUAACAAAACAAAGUUCAACUAAAAUCUAAAAUUUCAUUUAAUCAUCAUUUAUGUAAAAAACAAAAAAAAAAAGAGAGAAUAUAAAAACCAAAAGAAAGAAAAAAAAAUUGAGCUCAUUUCAUUAAAGCAUUGCUCUGCUCCCAUUUUUAAAGUAAAAACAAGAGAGAAAUUAAAAAAAUUAAAUAAAGAAAACAAAAUAAAUAAAAAUAAACGUAAACAUUUUAAUAAGAGAAAAUUAAUUGAGAAUUAAUUCAAGAGACUUAAUUAAAAGAGAAUUUUAAUUUUUUUUCUUUAAUUUUCAAUCUUAAAUUAAAAAUAAAUUUUUGCACAUUUCUGGGAGAAAAGUAUUAAUUAAUUUACUUUUUUUUUUUUUCUUUCAUUUUCGUUUUUUCAUUUUCAUAAAAAAUAAUAUUUCUUAAGAAAAAUAUUUUAAAUUUUAUACAUUUAUAUUACAAAUUAAUAAAUAUUUCUUGCUGAAUUAUUAUUAUUAUAAUUAAACAAAAAAAAGAGAAAAUACUUAAAUUGAAUGAUUUAGAAAAAAAAAUUUAUAAAAUAAAUAAAAAAA